GCCAAUGAGGUAUGGUGCCCUCCAAUUCAUAAUUUUGUUAAGGUGAUCACUGAAGGGGCCUGGUGUAUUUCAUUGGAGGCGGGGCUGGGGAUUGUUAUUCAUGACAGGUUAGACACAUUCAGAGGUGCUCUGGCUGUUCUAUAAGUGUUCCUCUGCUCUUAUGGCUGAAAGAGCUGUGGUUAUUAAAGGAUUGGAUCUAGCUGCAAGCUCAGGCUUCACAAAAGUGAUGGUGGAGAGUGCUUCGAUUAAGUGCUUGAAGGGUGACAUAGAAAAGGGUGCUUGGGAAAUCUAUCCACUCUUGUUGGAAAUAAGAUCGAAGAAGAUCAAUUUUGAAGACCUACAUUGGAAGUGGUCUACUCACAAGGCAAAUGGUGAGGCUCACCAUGUUGCCUUGCUUGCUUUGAGGAUUGUGGAACGUCAAAGUUGGGUCGAUAGACCACCAAUUUCCCUGGUUUUUGCUCAAGGACGGCCUUCCCUAUCCUCCAAGCUAAUUUUGGGUGUUUUGGCUGCUCCCUUGGACAACCCUCUUUUGGUGGCCUCUGGCAAGCUGUCUUGUUUCUGUCUGGGUUAUGAUCUAGCUGAAGCAUAUGUGCCGAGAGACCUCCAUUGGAAGAAGCUGAAGAUGGAAAAACAAGAAAGAGCCAAGCUCGGCACGGCUGAAUGCAAAAUGGUAAAAUCUAGGUUGUUUCUUUCUGGUGUUAGGAAAAAUCCAUCCAAGCAAUUUCUAAACGACUUGUUCUGCAGAAAAUUCGUAACUGUACACUUAGAUGGUCAUUCAACGGCUUUUAGGAAUAUAACAAUUUCAAACUUUACUGUAACAAUUUUUUCAUGCUAAAAUACAGUAAAGGAGUAAAUAGGGA